AUGGAAAGCGAUCAUGAAUGGGAAUUGGAAGAGGGAAUUCCUCAGUUUGAGGAACCCGUCAUCCAACAAUAUUUGAAAGGACGCGCUGCGCUGAUCGCGCAAGAGGAAAAGCAACGUCAUGAUGCAAACCUGCGCAAAUCUCUAUCUCCAAUAGCCGCACGGGCCGCGAACAUCGUGUCGCAGAUCCGCGCCCAGGAACAGCAGGAGCUGUGGACCAGCGGGUUGGACGAUGCCGCUGCCCACCAGUCAGAUGAGAUUCUCUACCCGGGCGUUAUGUUCAACCUAGCUAAAGGCCGUAUGGAGAAGACCAAACUAUGGAAAAUCGUGGAGAAAAUGCCCAAGGGGUCUCUUCUCCACGCUCAUAUGGAUGCCAUGUUCGAUAUCGACUUUUUGAUCGAUCAGGCAUUCUCUACGCCGGGCAUACACAUGUCGGCACCGAAGCCGCUGGUCACCGAAACAGACUGGGAGUGGGCGCCCGUGUCGUUUCGGUACUCCUCGCAGCCUCUAGAGGCAUCAGAGGAUAAGCCUAGUAUUUGGACGGAAACGUAUGAGGCUUCAUCGUUGAUCUCAAUCCAAAAGGCUGCCUCCUCUUUCCCCAAGGGAGGCGAGAAAGGCUUCCGGGAAUGGCUGACUAGUCGAUGUGUGCUUCUGCCAGAACAUUCUUAUCACCACCACCAUGGUGUCGAUGCGAUCUGGUCUUACUUUACAAAGACUUUCCCUGUCAUUGACUCCCUUUUGAUGUAUGAGCCUAUCUUUAGAGCUGGACUCCAUCGCAUGCUAGGCCAACUUGCAUCGGACGGAGUUAGUUACGUGGAAUUCCGCAUUGGAUUCGUCUUCGAAUACAGGAGAGAAGGGUGCGAUGAGGCGGAGAAAAACGUCUCUGCGUGGUUCCGCAUGGUGGAAGACGUGCUAGCGGAGUUCAAAAAAACAGAAGCAGGGAAGAACUUCCAUGGAUUCCGUAUUAUUUGGACUGCGAUCCGCCGCUUUUCCAACAAAGUCCUCGUCGGAACUAUGAAGGACUGUAUUAGAGCGAAGCAAGAAUUCCCCCAUCUAAUCUCUGGAUUUGAUCUUGUCGGACAAGAGGAUUUAGGAAGAACACUUGCCGACCUUGUUCCUGUGCUGUUAUGGUUCCGAAAGGAAUGUGCCGAGGAAGGAGUGGACAUCCCCUUCUUUUUCCACGCUGGAGAAUGUCUAGGUGAUGGUGAUGAGACAGAUCAGAAUCUGUUCGAUGCUAUCCUCCUGGGUACGCGCCGGAUCGGCCACGGGUUCUCCCUCUACAAGCAUCCUUUGCUCAUUGAUCUGGUCAAAGACAAGAAAAUUCUCAUUGAAUGCUGCCCAAUUUCGAACGAAGUUCUCCGCCUUGCCAGCUCCAUCAAAUCCCACCCAUUGCCCGCGUUAUUGGCCAGAGGUGUCCCUGUCUCACUGUGCAAUGAUGACCCCGCUAUCCUCGGGCAUGGAAAGAACGGGUUGACGCAUGAUUUCUGGCAGGCUUUGCAGGGAUUAGAAAAUGUGGAUUUGGUUGGCCUAUUGAUGAUGGCUCAGAACUCCAUUCGGUGGAGCUGCUAUGAAGAUCAGUCACCUGCUGAGUGGAAAGCAGGCAUUCAGAAUGGUGUUGAGGGGAAGGGAUUGAAAGCUGAACGUCUUCGUGAUUUCGGUCAAGAAUUCGAGAAAUUUUGUGCAUGGAUUGUGCUUGAAUUUGCUGAAUUUGAUGAUGAUAAUUGA